CUAAAGCGAGCUGUUAUGGUUUCCUCUAGACUAGCUGCAUAGCUAAACCUUUCCGAUAACGCAGUUUAAAAGAAGUUUACAUUAAAAAGUAAACCUCUCAUACGGUUAUGACGUGACUCCGGCAGUGACUGAGCUUUUGAUGGUUGACGUUGUUUAAAAUCUCUCCCAUCACUGAACAGGAUGCUAGCAUAUGUUAGCAGGAAAUUAGCUCGUUAGCUUAGACAGCCAGCCAAGUGUUUAUUAUGAAGCGUGUUUUUUCUUCUUUAUGCUUAUACUUUACUUGAACAACGUCUCCAUUAUGGACCCCGAGGGAAUAGUGAUCCGUAUUAAAACGCCGGCAGGAGACAUGGACUCGUCCGUCGACAGUCCAUCUCUUCUCAACUUCAAUGACUUGCUGGUCGCUAUCAGAGAUGUCAUGCCUGAAGCCACCGUCACUGCCUUUGAAUAUGAAGAUGAGGUGGGGGACAGAAUCACUGUGAGAAGUGAUGAAGAACUCAAAGCCAUGUUGUCAUAUUACUUCAACACAAUGAAUGAACAACGCAUGAAUGGACUGAUGCCAGACCCUCUACAAAUUUUUCCACGAGCUGGCAAGACUCCAGGGAUCCGGAACAUACAUGGCCUGAAGGUUAAUACAAGACCUAACCCAGCCAAUGACUGCACUCAUGCUGUUCAGGACACUUUGGCCAGCAACAGCUUAAAGAAAUCAUCUGCUGAGUUGAAGAGGAUCUUGACAAAUGGACAGAUAAAUGCCCAAGAUAUCCACUAUCAAGAGCAGCUUGGCCAUGGAAACGGAGGCACAGUUUACAGAGCUUACCAUAUUAUUGGCAAGAGGGUUUUAGCUGUGAAGGUCAUUCCCUUAGACAUCACGGUAGAACUACAGAAGCAGAUCAUGUCUGAGUUAGAAAUACUCUACAAGUGUGACUCACCCUACAUCAUCACUUUCUUCAGUGCCUUUUUUGUAGAGAACAGGAUAUCCAUAUGCACAGAAUUUAUGGACGGUGGGUCUCUUGACGUGUACAAAAGGAUUCCAGAGCACGUGCUGGGUAGGAUUGCAGUGGCAGUAGUCAAUGGCCUGACAUAUCUGUGGAGCCUGAAGAUACUUCACAGAGAUGUCAAGCCUUCCAAUAUGCUGGUGAACACCCGAGGACAAGUCAAGCUCUGUGACUUUGGUGUCAGCACACAGUUGGUGAAUUCUAUUGCCAAAACAUAUGUGGGAACUAAUGCAUACAUGGCGCCGGAAAGAAUAUCAGGGGAACAGUAUGGCAUCCAUGCAGAUGUCUGGAGUGUGGGAAUCUCUUUCAUGGAGUUGGCGCUAGGCAUGUUCCCAUAUCCACAGAUUCAGAAAAACCAAGGAUCUUUAAUGCCACUCCAGUUACUGCAAUGCAUCGUUGAUGAGGAUCCUCCAGUUCUUCCUGUCAGCCAGUUCAGUGAGAAAUUUGUUCACUUCAUCACUCAGUGUAUGAGGCGGCAACCCAAAGAGAGACCUGCCCCUAAUAACCUCAUGGAUCACUCCUUCAUCAUACAGUAUAAUGAUGGAAAUGCAGAGGUCGUGUCGAUGUGGGUUUGUCGCUGUUUGGAGGAGAGACGAGCGCAGCAGGCUCAGGGACGCGUCUGAUGUCCUCCUGCUUGUCCGCCCUAAGAUGGGCGAGGAUGUUUGGCCACGAACCUUGAAUACUUAACGAGGGCUUCAGGGUCAAGUACGUCAAUAUGCACUGUACAAAGGACUUCACGUACAUGGACAAAAAAAAACUAGAUGUUUAAGACUUCAUGUGAGUAAUUCUUCAUUUAACAGCAAGAAUGUGCCGUGAAAAUGAAGAGCUCACAUCCUUUGAACCGAAUAUUAAUCUCUGCAUUCAAAAAGUCCGGAGAGCAAAUUUUUUCCAGUGUGGGGCUCCAUCCGCGGCUUCGUCCCCCACAUUUUUCGGGAGCAUACAGAAAUGCAGUGAGCAUCCCGAGCUCAUGAAGAGAGGUAAAUGGACCCAGUUUAAAGGAUCAGUGAGGAUAAAUGACUUCACAGUUUAAGACUUCAAUAUGCUGACAGAGUUGUGCUCUGUUUCUGGGAUGGUAUCUCAAAUAACCGUCUUGUGCUUUACUGUUGACAGCCCUCUAGUGAAUGUUAAGGUUUUUGCCUGUGAGUAACUGCCCAUGUGUGUGCCUGUUUUACCAGUGGUAUAAUUUAUUACCUCAGCAAACUUAGGUUGUCAUUGUAGUAGCAAGGCUUCCCCCAAAAACGUACCUAUUUUCAAUGCCUGGACUAGAAUAUUAGUCUCCCAGUGAUUCCCAAACCUUGUGAGUUUAGAGAAUGAAUGGAUUCAAAGCUCUCUCUCUUUUUGUCUAAAGGAGUGUAAAGUGAACAGCAAGCCCACAGUAUGAGUGAGUCCGAAGGAGCACUGCAGUGUUAGUGGAAUGAAAUAUUGACAGCCAUCUUUUUUUGAUUCACAAUGUUACCGUCAUUGACACUGACCGGGAGGAACCAGGGGUUUUCUUUUCGUUUAAACCAUUUUUUAGUCAGUUGCACAUCUGUUCCUGUCCCUUUUUCGCAGAAAUGCCUGAUGUUAAAUGCCACUGAAUCAACAAUUCCAUACCCAGAUCUCCGCUUCCACUCUUUAGCUUUUAGUUUUUCUUAGAAACCAUUAAGAGUAACAGACGGUUGGUAAUAUAAAGAGAUCACAACUCUUCUUCCCCUAACAAAGAGACACUUUUUUCAUUUUAAAUACUUGUUUUAUCCUUACUUUAGUAAGAUUAAUCAUGGACUGUACAGAAAUAAUGAUAUUGUAUUAUAUUGCCUAAUGAGAUCAGUUGAUAAUCUGUAAAGGGAGUACAUUAAUGCAGUGCACUUAACACCAAAGACCACUGACGAGCCAAAUGGUGAAUUAUAUCUUGUGACUGGGGCAAAAUGUGAUGGAUUAAGUGACGAUGAAUGCUUUGACGAGGUCUUUAUGUGCAGCUGAAGGAAUGUGUAGCACUCAAGUGCAAUUAAAUGUCAUUUCUUCCACAAAGGCAAAGUAAAAGCAGCCUCAGAUAAAGAGCACCGAUUUCUUUAACAAGCGACAUGUAGUUUCUUCAGCACCUUGUUUAGAUGUGCUUUUGUCUUCUUUAAUGAUGAGGAGACACACAUAUUGUCUUGGACUAUAAUUCAAAUCUGAGAAAACAUUUGUUUGUAGCGGUUAUACAUUGCGCCAGCGUUACCUUUGUAAUUUAGGAACUCUACAUCAAAAUGUGUCAUAUAUUAAUCAAACCUAAUGUGAGACCCUUUUUGAUUUUUUUAGCAUUGUAUGUUAAGUUUCUGCCACUUGAGGUAACAUUUACUCUCCUGUG